AACAAUACCUUAAAGUGUACAAUACAGGUGCAAUACAAAUUAUCAGAUUUUCUUGUUAUUUGUAUUUAAUAAAAUCAUCAUUAGUCUUCGAGAGACAAAACGGAAGCGUAAGAGUGAGAAAAUGAAUAUAGACUUUGAGACGAUGGCUGUUUUGGAGGAGGAAUCACAAAAUGAAACCCUCGGAGGUGUGUUUGGAUCGACGGGGGCGGCUGCGGCGGAGGGCGGGGAGAGGCGAGAGGGGGGCAAGCGCGGCCGCCGACCUGGCAGGAAGGCGCAGCUCGACAAACAGGAUAUGAAGGCCAAGCUGGAGCGCAGCCGCCAAUCGGCGCGCGAGUGCCGCGCACGUAAGAAGCUCCGUUAUCAAUAUUUGGAGGAGCUGGUAGCGGACAGGGAACGCUCUGUACUCACGCUCAGGAAGGAGUUGGAUAAGUAUUACAAAUGGAAUCUCGAGCUGGACCAGGGUCGAAUACCCGAGGGUUUGGACGCGAUGCUGCAAGAAAUGGGGGUGGUCAAACAGGAGGAAGCGAAACCCUUCUAGAGGGUUGAUUUGGUACAGUUUAAUAUUAUUUUGUUAUAAUCCCAACAUAUGUCGUAUCUAUGCUUAGGUUUCCCCGUUCCUAACUUCGAGUUAAGUUGUAAUUUUGUUAUCGGUUUCAUUAUAAUAAGACUUCAUUAUAUUUAUAUUGUAAAUGUGAGAAUUUAGUGGGUGAUAAUUAUCCAUAGAUUAUGUAAAACAACAAAGUAUGUUCAACAAUCUCCGACUCAACUAUCUCUCCAUUUAAGUGCUAUUUUUCUGUAUACCCUCCAUAUUGUAUAUGUGCUAUUAGGUAUGUAAAUAUUUGUUUACGUGUAAGAAUAUAUACAUAUAUAUUCACGCAUAUAAACCAAUAUAUAUGUUUUUAUAUAUUAGAAUCUAUAUACUAGUGCACCACCUACCCUUUGUCUUUUUCUCAAUAUCCUCUACCCAAAGGUUGUCUGGAAGAGAUUGUUGAGCGAUAAGGCCACCUUUUAUAUCACUUCUCAUUAAAAUUAACUGUAUUUAUUUAUAAAGGGUGCAAUAAAAUGUAAAUAAAUAAGUAUGUUCACGACUUUAAACUGUGGGGUAGUCAGAGUUGCAUUGUCGUCUGUUGCCGUUAAUAAUGUAGUUAUCUAAUUUUUUUUUUAUUUUAUUUCUUGUUUAUAUGUUAGUACUUUUUUAAAUGGUUUUAUAUUGAUUAUAAUGUAACGUUAUAUUUAUGCAAUAUGUUUAAUAUCACACUGUUGCCUAGCAAUCACAGAUAAUGGCCGACUCUCUUCUUGUCAUACUAUUAUUUAUCAAUUAAUAAACUUAUAAAAUAAUGUAUGCUAUUUAAUAAAGUAUAUUAUUUUUAUUAGAAGUGUCCGUAAAUUCUAUUUCUUAUGUAUAUUUAAAAAUAGAUCUCAAUUUAAUCCUCUUAAUGUGGAAGUGAAUUGAAAAUUGUAAUAAAAUAAGGAUUCAAACAUAACUAAAGUAUUUAAUACAAGUCCAAGAGGUUUAAGUGAUACUAAAAGAUACAGUUUUUUUUUAAUGUAUUUAUGCAUGCUAACUAAAUUAAAAAAAAAAAUUCAAAAUAUUGCAUAAUUCCAAACAAGUCUUGCCGUUUCCAACAUAUAAAUUGCAUAGCAAAAAUAUAUCUUAUAAAAAUUUGAUUAUAGUCCAACUUAAACAGAAGAAUACUUAUAUAUUUUUAUUUAUUUUUUCAUAGUAUACAAAAAAUCACGUUUACCAUGUAGUCAAUCUUGAAGAAGAAUAUUAUGAAUAAAAUUCAUUAUUUUACUAAGAAUGCAUAUAAUAAAAUUAUAUGUAUAAUUUUUUUGAGCUUUAUAUUGCACAUAGUGUAUAAAAUAUCGCUGAAAAUAAUAAUUUAACUCAUUAUAAAUCUAAUCAUAUACAUAUAUUUUUGAAUAUUCAUUCAAAGGUUAUAUAAUAUUUCGUCAUUAAAAGAUUUCAUUAUAUUA